UAAUUCAGUAUCGUUCGUUGCAAGUUAAUCGUAAAAUUUAGAUAUAUAAUAGAUCGUAUUCUUAAGUCUUUGGCAUAAACAUGAUGCUUUCUUUCUUUUAAAAGGAGCAAUUAGCGGGUGGACAGAACCGUCUAUAAAUACAAAAAAUGGAAACGGUACGGCUUCUAAGACAGUGAAAGAGGACCAUACAAUAAACACUACUACCGGCAUUAAACUCGCAGUCAAAGACGCUUCCGGGACUGUAACAUUCACUAUCGUUCAUCAACCAGCUACUGGAAUGUUCGAAAUGGGCGGGAAUGACAAUGACGAAAUAGUUUUGAAGAAACCACUCGAUUAUGAAGCAAAAACAAAAUAUAUAUUAAAUAUUACAGCUGUAGACACGGCACAAGAGACCGCGAUUGCCAUUGUAACUAUCAAUAUCACUGAUGUGAAUGAUAAUGCUCCAGUAUUUCAGAAAAGUACAUAUCAGAUAACAGUGGUGGAUAAUACUCCCGUAGGUAAGACAGUGUGCACUGUGACAGCAACUGAUGGAGAUGGCACCAGCCCUAACAGUAAAAUUGCUUCUUAUGCAAUCACAGGUGGAAACACUGGCACUGAUUUUGCAGUUAGUACCACAGGAGUGAUAACAACUGCAAAGGCACUGAAUCACUCAAGAACACCUAAUUAUGUACUUACUCUAAAAGCUACCGACGGAGGAACUACUGCACGCACCGGUACUACCACGGUUAAUGUUACAUUUGGUGAUAAUGCUGCAUGUACUGGCGGCAGUGACGGAGACGGAGAUGGAAACGGUGGUGUCGGAAGUUGUGUCGUAAACAUACUUUGUCUAUUGCUACAUUUGGCAGCAGCUUUAUCAUUUAAUAUGUAGCGAAACAUAGUCUUUGGUCACGAUGUUUUAUCACCAACGGUCUGUGACACUCAUAAAGGACUAUUUCGAUUCUUUGGCAAUUUCUAAGGUUUUUAUUUUUGCUUUAUUGACACGGUUUAAUUUGCUUUAGAUUGCACAAUACAAUUUUUAACAAAUCUUUCACACACACAUACACACACACACACGCGCGCACGCACACACACACGCGCACACGCACACGCAAACGCGCACGCGCACGCGCACGCGCUCGCACACGCACACGCACACGCACACGCACACACACACACACAUGCACGCGUUUCAUUUCGGGCUAUGUUGAAACAGUGAGGUAUAUUUAUCUCGUUCUGUGCUUUAAAUGCUUUAAUAAAUUUAUUUCAUCAGAGCGGUUGCUGAUCUAAGUCAUCAUAUUAUCUAAUUAAUCUGGACAGGCCUAUUUGAACCUAUCAACAAGGAUCCGGAGAUCAAUGUAUAGAACUGUGUUAAUGUACCAUUCAGCAACUGAUCAUAAAUUUUCAAAUUGACAUACAGUUAGAGGUUUUAUAACCUUACAUCAUUCAUUCAUUUAAUAACAAAAUAACUAUUGAGAUUUUCUCUCUGUUUUGGUAAAGCAUUUCUGAAGGAUGCUAGUGUCAAACUAAACAGAAAUAAGUUUAGAUAUGUAUAAUUCUCACAUAAUAAAGCUUAAGCAAAUACUGGCUAAAGACCCGCACAAAUCAUUUUGAUUAAAUUUAAUGUAUACAAAUGGUA